CUUGGACGGAGAUGUUCCCAAGUCGAAGCGAAAGGCUCGCUUGCUGCGGCGUUGCUAUGGCCACCUCCCUCUCCCAAAUAUAGUUCGCGUAUCUGGAUUUUAGCCGCAACCACCACCACCUCUGUUUGGUCGUCGCAGACCACGACGCCAGUAAUUUGCACCGCCCUCGACACAGAUACCACACAGAACCGGCACAAGCGCCACCGACCGAGUCUGUCGAUUCAAGCCUGCCCGCAACGGCAAGAAAGAGCGGACAAGGUGUUCGCGGAGCUGUAUUGGGGACCAACAUCGAGCGCAACUUCAUCAUUUCAAUCGCACACAGUGGUCGCCAUGCGGCUAUCCUCCCUCCUCCCUCCAAUCCUUCUCUUCGCCGCCACGACAACAGCCUGGCCGGCCGAAUGGGAUCCGUUAGGCCUCGCAAGACGCGAUACCGCACCCAAAGUCAACGAACGAGCCGGGAAGCAGUCUCAUACACAAGCACAAUCCAUUGCAGCGGUACAAGACAAUGGCAACAGCGGCAGUGGUAGCCCCAGCGCAGCUAAGAGCACGCAGCAUGCAUCACAGACGGAGCAAGACACGACCAUCACACAACCCGCUUCAAACUCACCCACUGCCUCAAACGCACCAUCCGCCUCGAACCGGAGACCACCCACCACUUCCAAAUACGAAACGACCAAGACCUUCAACGACGUCCUACCUCCCGGAGGCGUGUCGAUGAUCACUCCGGCCGCCAUCCUCGGCCAGCAGUACUACAAGAUCGGCAACGAGAACGUCACCGAGUUUGUCACGUUUGCAUGGAACUACACCUCCCUCUCCGUCACGCCCAGUGCCGUCGAUGUGCUGGCAUCCUGCGCCCUCAACGACGUCACAUACACCAUCGCCCUGAACCAGUCCAUCACGGGCCCCAUGCAGACGGUCCUCUGGGACACGGGAGAAUUCGACCGGACGGCCUCGAUUUCCUUGGCUGUCGCGACAUACACGCUCAUCGUGUACGAUUCGGACAGCUCACCUGAAGCUGUUGCUCGCGCGGGGUAUCUGGGAACGUACAACCAGUUUGCUUUUGGGCUGUAUACGCCCAAGGCGCCGCCGCCGUUGCAGGGUAUCGUGUGCGCCACUUGCGGUGCUGCCAGUGCUUUGGAGAGACAUACCGUCAUGUUCUUGCUGGGAUUGGCGGGGGUGACGGUGCUGAGCUUUGGAUGGUUUACUGGAGUUGCUGGGCUUUGGUGAGGGGGAGGCAUUGACGAGUUUUGGAUUGGUUUCGCACAGCGUUGGCGGCAUGGGUGGGUUCAUCGGUGCUAUUCUUUGAGGCGUAAGGGUGUUGGAUCUUGGAUGGCAAUCGUCGAGGGACAGCAGACGAGCAUGCUUUCUGUACAUUUGUACAUUCGGUACGACUAUCAUGAC